ACCCUGGGGGCAGAGGCCCGAGACCCGCGUGUGAGGCGCUCGAACCCCGUCCUCGCGUCCAGGGCCGCGGUGUUCGCAGCGCCGAAGAUGUGCGGGCGGACGUCCUGCCACCUGUCCAAGGAGGUCCUCGCCCGGGCCUGCGCCUACCGGGACCGGCAGGGCCAGCGGCGGCUCCCAGAGUGGAGGGACCCGGACCGGUACUGCCCGUCGUACAACAAGAGCCCGCAGUCCAGCAGCCCGGUGCUCCUGUCCCGGCUGCACGUGGAGAAGGGCGCAGACUCAUCUGAGCGUGUCAUUGCUCCCAUGCGGUGGGGCUUGGUCCCAUCUUGGUUUAAAGAAGCUGAUCCUUCCAAGCUGCAGUUCAACACUAGCAACUGCCGUAGUGAUACCAUAAUGGAGAAACGGUCCUUUAAGGUGCCUCUGGGAAAGGGAAGGCGCUGUGUUGUUUUAGCAGAUGGUUUCUAUGAGUGGCAGCGAUGUCAGGGAACAAACAAGACGCAGCCCUACUUCAUCUACUUCCCCCAAAUCAAAACAGAAAAGUCAGAGAGCAUCGGUGCUGCAGACAGCCCUGAGGACUGGGAGAAAGUCUGGGACAACUGGAGGCCGCUGACGAUGGCCGGGCUCUUUGACUGCUGGGAGCCCCCGGAGGGAGGAGAGUGCCUGUAUUCUUACACCAUCAUCACAGUGGAUUCCUGCAAAGGCUUGAAUGACAUCCACCACCGGAUGCCUGCCAUAUUAGAUGGAGAGGAGGCAGUCUCUAAGUGGCUGGACUUUGGGGAGGUCUCAGCUCAAGAAGCUCUGAAGUUAAUUCACCCCACAGAGAACAUCACCUUCCAUGCAGUCUCUUCCGUGGUGAACAACUCCCGAAACAACACUCCUGAGUGUCUGCUUCCUGUUGACUCGGUGGUCAAAAAGGAGCCCAAGGCAAGUGGCAGCAGCCAGAAGAUGUUGCAAUGGCUGGCCACAAAGUCGCCCAAAAAGGAAGACACCAAAGCACCCCAAAAGGCAGAGUCAGAUGUGCCCCAGUGGUCCAGCCAGUUCUUGAAGAAGAGCCCGCUCUCCCACAGGAGAGGCGCUGACCUCCUGGAGCGAUGGCUGAAGCGGGAGAAGGAGGAGGAGCCUGUGGCCAAGCGGCCUCACACCCAGUAGCGCAGGACUUACAGAGGCCAAGGCCAAGGCGUGCUGCACUGAAUACCAUGGUGAUGACAGGUUGGGGGGUGGGGGGUGUUCCUUGGAGGAGGUAGCACGGUGUUAACAGUUGUGGCUUCUUGGGGGAGGAGGUGUCCUGUGACCGGGGAACCCCAGUGGGGUGGGGGGGCAGCCUGGGAAAAGGGAGAGGUACCACCAUCAACUCAUGAUGGGGGGCGGGGGGGCCUUGUGCCCACAGCUGUCUCCUGGUGGCCCAGGGACCUUCCCUCAGAGUCUGACCCUGCUGGCGGUUCUCAGCGUGACCUGGUAGUGCUUAGCAGAGGCUGUUUUCUGUUUAGCCUUCGGGCUCUUUCAGUGCUUUGGAAUUAAGUUCUUAAAACAUUGUAUUUUUUUCUGAAUAAAGUGUUUGAUAAACUGUU